GCGGAACGAUAAUAAGCAGAGCAAAAAUACUCUCUAACUGAGAUUGAUCGACACUUUCCUCUUCCAUUCGUCUUCCUCAUCUAUCACUUACCAAUCUGACUUUUUUACUAUUACCCAUUUCACUUCAUACCCACCAAUCCAUCCCUCUUCUUCCACGAUGGGGUCCGACUUGCCGUGCUGCAGCGGGACGUUCUUUUUGUACGUAGCCAUAAUCAUAGGGCUAGUCAUCUUCGCCGGUUUAAUGGCAGGUUUAACCCUUGGUCUCAUGUCUCUGGGUCUUGUCGACCUUGAGGUUCUAAUCAAGUCCGGCCGCCCCCAGGAUCGCAUCCAUGCCUCAAAAAUAUUCACUGUUGUAAAAAACCAGCACCUUCUUCUAUGUACUCUAUUGAUUGGAAACUCUUUAGCUAUGGAGUCACUUCCCAUCUUCUUAGAUAAGCUUGCACCUCCAGGGGUAGCAAUUCUGAUAUCUGUUACUCUUAUCCUCUUAUUUGGAGAAAUAUUGCCUCAAGCCAUCUGUACUCGUUAUGGUUUAACAGUUGGAGCUAUGGCUACUCCAUUCGUUCGGGUUCUUCUUUUUCUUUUCUUUCCUGUUGCUUACCCAAUCAGUAAAGUUCUAGAUUGGAUGUUAGGUAAAGGACAUGCUGUUCUUCUACGUAGAGCUGAGCUUAAAACCCUAGUUGAUUUUCAUGGUAAUGAAGCUGGUAAAGGAGGAGAUUUAACACAUGAUGAAACAACUAUAAUUGGUGGAGCACUUGAAAUGACUGAAAAGACUGCUAAAGAUGCUAUGACUCCUAUUUCCAAUGCAUUCUCUCUUGAUUUGGAUGCAAUUCUUAAUUUGGAAACUUUGAAUGCAAUUAUGACAAAGGGUCAUAGUAGAGUUCCUGUUUAUUCUUCAACUCCCAGUAAUAUCAUUGGUCUUGUCCUGGUUAAGAAUCUUCUAGGAGUUGAUCCAGAUGAUGCAGUUCCUCUAAGGAAGAUGCUAAUAAGAAAAAUUCCUAGGGUUUCAGAAGACAUGCCUCUUUAUGAUAUUCUAAAUGAAUUUCAAAAGGGUCAUAGCCACAUUGCGGUUGUAUACAAGGAUCUGAAGAAUGAUUCCAAUAAACUUCGAAAAGUUAAUGAAGACGUUUAUAUGGAUGCUGUGAAAUCCGAGGGACAAGAUUCUUUGGAUGCGGGUGCAGUUAAAAACGAGGUUGAACACCAACAAUUGAGAAGGAAAAGUCCACCGCCUCCUCCUGCUUUCAAGAAACGACAUAGAGGUUGUUCAUUCUGCAUCUUGGAUUUGGAGAAUAACCCAAUUCCGGUUAUCCCAUCAUGCCAAGAUGUGGUUGGUGUAAUUUCCAUGGAAGAUGUUAUCGAGGAGCUUCUUCAGGAGGAGAUAUUGGACGAGACAGAUGAAUACGUAAAUAUUCAUAACAGGAUAAAGAUCAACAUGCAUGCUUUCAACGAAUCUCAGAGUGCUUCGACAACUGCUGCUACGGCUGGUUCUGAUUCGACUGACUCAACUUUGUUAGUCCAAUAAUAGUUUAAGAGAAGUAAUAUAAGGCUGCUCAUAUGAAGGUUUUCUAUAAGUUAUUGUCAUAAUUUAAAACUUUAUUAAGAUUAAAUUAAUGCUGAAUUAAUCCAAGUUAGAAGUAGUAAUAGUAGUAUUAGAUCUCUAUGUGCAAAGUUGAGAUUAAAAAAAACUUUAUUGUUAUUGUUAAUUGUAUUGAUAGUCCAAUCUGAUUAUAUUUAGAGGCUGCAAUGAAUUAGUUGCAUUUAUAUAA